CGUGUGUCGGCGGCGGUAACCAGGAAGUGGGGCCAGGAAACUGGAGUCUGUCAGGCGAGCGGGGCUCCUUGACUGACUGGCUGGUUGGCUGACAUGGAGGGCGCCGGCCGUGAGUGUAAAAACCACAGCCAUGGUCCUCUUCGCCAUCAUGACCAUAACUGGCCUAACUUGUACGAAGAUAAAGAUCUAAUGAAAGAGCAAGAUGUGCUUCCUUUUGUGGAGGACUACAGCAAUUUUGAUAUUGUCAAAGCAACCCAAUAUGGCCUGUUGGAGCGUUGUCGGGAGUUACUGGAAGCGGGAUAUGAUGUAAGGCAGCCAGACAAAGAAAAUGUAACUCUUCUUCACUGGGCAGCAAUCAAUAAUCGGCUGGAUCUUGUAAAGCUCUUUAUUUCCAAAGGUGCAGUGGUGGAUCAGCUAGGAGGGGAUUUAAAUUCAACUCCACUUCAUUGGGCUAUUAGACAAGGGCAUUUAUCUAUGGUCAUUUUGUUGUUAAAAUUUGGAGCAGACCCAACUCUUAUUGAUGGCGAAGGAUACAGCAGCCUGCAUUUAGCUGUGCUUUUUCAACACAUGCCCGUCAUAGCUUACCUUAUAUCGAAGGGUCAGAGUGUAGAUACAACUGAUCGGAAUGGACAAACACCUCUCAUGCUGUCAGCCCACAAAGUCAUCGGGCUGGAACCUACUCGUUUUCUAUUAAAGUUUAAUCCUUCUAUCAAAGCUGUAGACAACAUAGAGAAGAACACUGCGUUGCAUUGGGCCAUUAUAGCAGGAAAUGUUAGUGCUGUAGAUGUAUUACUUGAAGCUGGGUCCAGCCUGGACAUCAAAAAUGUCAAGGGAGAGAGACCAUUUGAUCUUGCUCAUCAAACUAAAAAUCGCAUAAUUAUUCACUUACUUUCUGAAGAAGAAAGGAUGAGAGAGAGAAGAAAUUCAAGGUUUCUGAAGAUUCUGGAAAAAAAUGAGUUCUUGCUGUUGCUUGUCUCAUCGUUGAUGUUGAUAUGGGCAGUAGGAUAUGUAGCAGACCUAGAAUCUGAUUCUUGGCUAUUGAAAGGAGGCUUGCUAAUCUUCAUAUUUGUUGUUCUGUCCCUAUUUGCAAGGUUGUUUGUUGGAUUCAGCAAAUUACAAUAUUUUCCAGUAGCAUUUAUGCUUAGUUCUAUCUUAUGGAUAUCAUGGACCUGCUUUAUCUGUUUCCUGCCUGAUUUUUCUAACACGGUCUCUCAGCUUCCCUUCUUUCUUGGUAUGGCUGGUCUUCUCUAUUAUUUAUACAAAACUGUCCGAACUGAUCCUGGAUACAUUAAGACUACCGAAGAAGAGAAUAAAAAGAAUAUCCUUAACCUUGGCGAAUCUGGCUCCUUGGAUUUCAGAACCUUUUGCACAUCCUGUCUUGUGAAAAAACCAUUGAGAUCCAUGCACUGCCAAACUUGCAACUCAUGUAUAGCUAGAUAUGACCAACAUUGCAUUUGGAUUGGACGGUGCAUAGGUGUUGGCAACCAUUGUUAUUUUGUCCUGUUUCUCCUUUUCCUGACAAUGGUGAAUAUUUGGGCGAUAUAUGGAACAAUUCUGUAUUGGUCAGAACAUUGCGCAACAACAUAUCAGCAUGAUGGAAUAUGGACUGCCUUCACACAGAUUGUGUCUUGUUCUCCAUGGGUGUUGUACAUUUUCACACUAAUAGCUUUUCACACUUCAUGGGCAACAUUGUUGCUAAUCCUUCAACUUUAUCAGAUUGCAUUUCUCGGAUUGACCUCACAUGAGAGGAUUACCCUCUGGAAGCAGAGUAAGCGUUCAAAGCAUCCUGUUUCACUCAGUAAAACUCCAUAUAACCAUGGAUUCCUCCAGAACCUAGCAGACUUCUUUCAGUGUAGAUGCUUUGGGUUGUUCAAGCCCAACAGAACUGACUGGACUAAGCAGUAUACCCUAAUAUUUCAGUCAGUGAAGGAUCGAAAUGUUCAUCCUGUGUGAAGAAAAACGACACCAAAUCCUUGGGAUUUACUGGAAGCUUUAAAAAAUAUGAUAUUUAGUAAAUUGUACAGUAUAUUACAAAUUAUUUUGUAAUUUCCUUUGCUAUGUUUGUCUUACUGCUAUUUUGGAAAGAAAGUAAAGUUUACAUGCAUAAACUGCAGCAAACUGGUUAAUGUAAUGACAACCGUGGUUCAUAUGACAUUUUCAAAUUGGUUCACUUGGAAGGAAAUACAACUGUGAAAUGUCAUUUUUCAAAUUGCUAUGAAAGAUGUCUUUUUUAUAAAGCAAUAUGGAAAUCCUGUGCAUUUUUUCAUAUGUGUCCGUCCAUUGAAAUUUGCACAUUAUGAUUAAGGGAAAUAAAAGAUGUUUUGAAAUCUAAAAUAUUUUAGUAUAUCAAACCUGCUUUGUAAUUUUUAGUAACUUAUAUCUGUGUGUAAAUCUGUGUACAAAAGCUGUUUAGAUUUAAUAUAUUCAUGCUCAUAA